AUGGCAGACAAUGAUAAGAAUAUCGAGAACAAGAAACCCGAGCAGAAACCUCUCAGUGAGGAGACCCGCGAGGAUCUGCGCCGCAUGACCGCCGGCCUCACAGACCAAACCACCAUCGAGACGCUCUCCCGUGCCGGUAUGAUGGCCAAGAAUAAGAGAGAGCAAUCGCACUUUCAUCGUGAUAAGACUGUCGCCCGCGUCGAGGCUGCUGAGAAGAAGGAGGGUGAGGCUGAGGAGGACAAGGAUACAGGUGGUGCUGUCCCGCCUUACAAGAUCAACGAUCAAAAGCACACAUGGACACAAGAACCACGAGUUGCUAUCCCAAAAGGACAAUGGACCGAAAGAUUGACGAAGGUCCAACCGGGGGAUCAGAAUAUACUGCGAACUCGAGCGUGA